AUGCGAACAGAUACUUUCAUGGUCGGUUAUUUUCGCCGGAUUUUUGCCAGUUUGGCUGUAAUAUUCAUCCGGCCGGUUGCUGGCCAGACCGGACCGGACGAAUUCUUUAACCGGCCGGACCGGACCGGACAGAAAAAAGCUGUCCGGUUCCAACUCUGAGUCUCUCUAUAUAGCAAGAAUACAAAGAUUAUGAUAUGCUACAGUUAUUUUGAUAUACAACUAAUCAAUCGUUUAUUUCCUAAAAUACAUCACCGGCAACGAGUUCAAAUUUUUCAUAUCCGAACGGAUGCUGACUAGCCAACGUGUCAAAAUGGAAUUGAGCUAUUAGUUAUCAUUAAUUGUAACUUAUAUGAAACUAAUUCCAAUCCAUGUUGAUGCUCUCAAUUUUCUUCAUUUUUCUAUUUCUUCUAUAGAUGCCUUCGUUAAUCAUAUUACUUUUCUUUUCUAGAUCAAUAAUGUGUUAUUGCAUAGCGAAACUGAUAUUCGUUGCUCUUCUAUUUUGUUCAUUUGUAUCAGUGAGUAAACAACAAUAUACUCCUGAUUGGACAUCACUCGAUGCACGCCCAUUACCCAGAUGGUAUGACGAAAGUAAAAUAGGUAUUUUCAUUCACUGGGGUUUAUACAGCGUUCCAGCUAUCUCUACCGAAUGGUAGGUUUACUUUAUGAGUUACUAGAAACGCACACCUAUUCUAUGUUCGAAAGAUACAGAAGAAAACUAAUACUAUUUGCUUGAAUUGUUAAUAGGAUGUGGUGGUAUUGGCAAGGUACUAAUCCACAUGAGGACAUUGUAGCUUAUAUGAAGAAAAACUAUCCACCAGAUUGGACUUAUGCAAAUUUUGGUCCACAGUUUCGUGCGGAUCUCUAUGAUCCAAAUGAAUGGGCUGAUCUAUUUGCUGCUUCUGGUGCAAAGUACGUUGUUCUUACUAGCAAGCAUCAUGAAGGUUAUGCUAUGUGGCCAUCAACAUUUAAUUUUAAUUGGAACUCAAUGCAUGUUGGUCCAAAACGAAAUUUACUUGGAGAUCUAGCUGCAGCUAUUCGAAAUCGAACAAAACUUGUCUUUGGUUUAUAUUAUUCAUUGUUUGAAUGGUUCAAUCCAAUCUAUCUACAAGAUAAAUCUAAUAAUUUCACCACGCAAUACUUCCCAGAAGUUGUCAAUGAUCGAUGGGGUAGAGAUACUCCAUGUAAACAUGGCGAUUUUUAUACUUGUGCGGAUCGUUACAAUCCGGGAUAUUUAAUUGAACAUAAAUGGGAAAAUGCUUUUACGAUCGACAAAAUAUCAUGGGGUUAUCGUCCUACUGCUAAUAUUCAGGAUUAUAUGACGAUUGAAGAAAUGCUCAAAGAAGUAGUUAUUACAAUCAGCACUGGAGGUAAUGCCUUGAUCAAUGUUGGUCCCAAUAUGCAUGGAAAGAUUCCACCCGUAUUUCAAGAACGUCUUCGACAAAUGGGUUCAUGGUUACAAGUCAAUGGUGAAGCUAUUUAUGCUACUAAACCAUGGAAGUAUCAAAAUGAUACUAUCAAUUCAAAUGUUUGGUAUACAUCAUCAAAAGACAAUAAAUUUGUUUAUGCUUUUCUUCUCAUAUGGCCAAAAGAUAGCACUGAAAUAAUACUCGGUGCUCCGUUGAGUUCUUCAAGAACAAUUGUGACACUUUUAGGUUCAAGUGCUGAUUCAGUUUCAUGGCAUGUAACAAGUGGAGAUCGUGGUAUUGUAAUUGAUGUUUCAGCAAUCAAACUUCAUUUACUACAAAGUGAAUGGACAUGGACAUUCAAAUUGGAGAAUUUGUUACCCGAUGAUAGUUUUAAUUCCACUCCUAGCAGUGAUUGGACAAGUACAAGUACUACAAGUACAAGUGCAAAUAUUUGGUACUCAACUAAUUUACUUUGGACAUGUACUCAAGUACUAUGUACUAUAUUAGCUGUACUGAGUACAAGUGUACUUAGUACUUCGCUAUAA